AUGAACAACGAAAAUACAUUGAACAAUGACGAUAAUACAAGCCUUUAUCAUAAUUUAAGGAAAAUAAGAAAACCACGUAGUUACGAUUUUGAAUAUGUUGAUGAUAAGACAAAAAAAGGUAGAGGUAGGAAGAAAAGAAGAAAAAGGAGAAGGUCAUCUAUGGGUGACAUAAAUAGUAUAAAUGGAAAUGUGAAUGAUACAAAUAAAGAGGAAAAUAUAUUAAUAAAAAUAGAACGUACCGAUAGUAAUAUACCUGAUUCCAAUGGAAAUGUAGAAAAUAAAAUAGAAAUAAAAACAGAAUGUGAUAUAAACAAAAAUUGUUAUGUGAGUGAAAAAACUGUGAGUACCCCGAAUUUACCUAUUAGACGUUAUAAAACCAAGAAAUUUAAUUUAGAAAAGAGUAUGAAUUUGUUUAAUACUAAUAUUCCUUUAAGAAAUAAUAAUAUAAAAAUAGAUAGAAUUUGUGAAUAUUUAAAUUAUACUACCAAUACAAUGUGGAGAUAUAUGGGUUCUACUGCGAAAUUUAGAUUAGUAGAAGAUCAACAAGAAAAAUAUUUAUUUUUAAAAAAUAUGAAAAAGAAUAUAAUUUUUGAAAUAAUAAAAAUUGCAAUGUUUGCUUUGUUGAAAGUUAAUUUGAAUGAUAAUAACAUAUAUACCUUAAAUCCAGAGGAGAAGAAAAAAAAUGAAUUCAUAUUAAAGGAUAUGAAUUCAAUAAAAUAUACUAAGAGAGAAGAAUAUAACAAUAAUAAUCAUAAUAGUAAUAGUAAUAAAAUUAAUGAUAAUCAUAAUAAUAAUGAUAAACCUAAAGGUGAUGAUAAUUAUAAUACUACUAAUAAUAAUACUAAUUAUCAUGUAAACUUUCAUAAUAAUAAGUCUAAUAGAAAUAACUAUUACGCUUACUAUUUUUAUAGUAAGAAACCAAAUAACAUAGAAAAUAAUGAAGAAAGUAAUUGUGAUAAUAACAGCGUUAAUAAAGAAAACAUCAAUGGUCUUAAAGAUACCUCAAAAGAAGAUGAAAAUAUUUCUGAUAUCAAACGAAAUUGUAAUGUUUCUCUUAAAUCUAAUGAGACGAACGAAAAUCAUACGAACAAUUAUAACACUAUGAUUACCAUAAAAAUAUCACCUGCUUGUGAAAAUGAAAAUAUAUCAUAUCCUUAUUCACAUUAUGAUAAUUCUAAAAUUAAUAUAAGUAGAAGACUUGAAGAAAAGGAUGAUAUAUUAAAUCAAGGAGUAACCGUUCCCGAAAUUUUAGAUUUUGUUAAAGAGAAAUAUGAGAAAUAUUAUGAAAAUGUAAAACAAUAUAUAGUAACCACUUUAAAUAUAUAUUGUGCAUUGAAUAUUUUUAAACUUAUAAGAAGAGGAAGAUAUACUAUUUGUAAAUAUGAAAAUUUUGAUAUUUUCAAAAUGAAAUAUUUUAAAAAAUAUUAUAAAUUCUUUUAUUCCUUAAAAGGAGAAGAAGAAAUUUUAAUGAAUGUCAAAAAUUAUUUGAAAUCAUUUUAUUAUGAUAGAAAUAAAAAAAAAAGAAGAAGAAGAAGAAGUAGUAGUGGCAUAUUUGGUACAAAGAAAAGGCUUUUAGGUGACAAGCGGGGUAGUACGUAUUGUUUAAAAGAAAUGGAUGCUUUAACAGGCACGAAAAAUACAAUAAGAAGAAGAAGAUCCUCUACUAAGAAACUGGGAAGGAAAGGAUUGAGUGCUCUGAAAAAAGAAGAAGUUACAAACAAUCUUGCAGUAUAUAGUUACACAAAUAAUAAUGGCAAUGUUGUUGAUAGUAAUACUAUUGGUGAUAGUAGUAAUAUUAUGGAUAGUAGUAAUAUUAUGGAUAGUAGUAAUAUUAUGGAUAGUAGUAAUAUUAUGAAUAGCAGUAAUAUUAUGGACAGUAGUAAUAUUAUGGACAGUAGUAAUGUCAUGUAUAGUAGUAAUAUAAUGGAAAGUAGUAAUAUAAUGGACAGUAAUAAUAUUGUCGAUAGUAAUAAUAAUAUGGAUUGUAGUAACAAGGGUAAUAACAAAAUUGAUACCCAUUUUAAUAUUAAUGUACAGAACCAUGAUCCUAAUAUAAAUAAUAAUAUAAACAAUGUAAUAAAAUGCGAAAGCUCAAUUAAUAAUAAUGUAAUUCAUUCAACAACAGAACUUAAUAAUAAUAACGAUAUAAAUGAUGUAAAGAAUAAUACUCCAUCAUAUAGUAAUAUAAAAGAAGAAGUAGAAAGUAAUUUAAUAAAUAAGGAGGAGAAUAAAUCUAAUAUUUUAAAUAAUGAAUUGCUAAAUACAACGAAUAAUGAUAUAAAUAAACAUGAAGAAGAAAAAGAAGAAGAACAUACUAUUUUAAAUUGUAAUAUUGUUAAUAACAAUUUAUUAGACUUAUCAAAUGAACGUAUAAAAAACGUUUGCUUAGAUUUAAGUAAAAUUAAUAUAAAAUGUAUUAAGGUGGUUUAUGGAAUGAAACAUUUCUUUUGUUCUUAUGAUACACAAGAAAUAAGUGACCCAUAUUUUGAAAUUAUAAAAGUCCAAAAAAAAUAUGAUAUUUUAAGAAGAAAAAGUAUAGAAAAAAUGAAUUUGAGAGGUGCCAAUAAUCCAUAUCCAUCAUCUAGGAGAUUAUUAAAUAUUGCAAAUAAUAAUAAUGAUAAUAAUAUUGUAAAGGGGAAAAACAAUUUUUUGUUAAGAGCCAGUGUUAUUAGUAGUAAAGAUGAUCCAAAAAAAAGAAAUUCACAAUAUGGCAAACAAAGAAAACAAAAUGAAGAAGAUGACUAUGCUAUGAAACAUGAAAAAUAUAAUUAUGUUAAUUUUAAUUUAAGUUAUAAAACAUUAAGAAAAAAAAUGAUAUGCUUAAGGCACUAUGCAAAUGCAAAUACAAAUACAAAUACAAAUGCAAAUACAAAUAUAAAUAUAAAUACAAGUACAAAUACAAAUACAAAUAUAAAUGUAUAUAAAAAAGAAGAAAAUAAAACGAUAAAAGUAAAAACUGAAAUAAAAAUCAAAGAUAAAUGCCUAACACCAACAAAUGAAAGUUUAAUACAAACUUCAUCCAUUAAUUCAAAUUUUUCAAAUAUUAUAAGUGUUGAUGGAUUUUCAUCUAUAAAUUUAGAAAGUCAUUGUUCUCAGAAAAGUGCCUGA